GCAGAAGCCCAGACUUCAAGUCCCCAGAGGCCGGGCCGGCCCAGCUCCCCUCCCAGUCACCUUGCACUCAGUCCCCGAGCUGCCAAGGCCAGCGCCGCCACCGCCGUUCCACUUCCGGCCCUGGCCCCGCCCCCACCGCCUACCCGCCAUCGCAGUGCAUUAUGGGCCGCCGUUUCAGUCGGUCGACACUCACCGGACAGGAAACGUCUCGGAGAAAGUCUGCGACCGGACGGCUCUAGGUGAAACAGACGCCAAACAGGAGGAGGAAGUGGAGGGACUGAGCUUUUGAAAUACUUUCAACCAUGACGAAAAGAGAAGCAGAGGAGCUCAUAGAAAUCGAGAUUGAUGGAACAGAGAAACCAGAGUGCACAGAGGAAAGCAUUGUAGAACAAACUUACACCCCAGCUGAAUGUGUAAGCCAGGCCAUAGACAUCAAUGAGCCAAUAGGCAAUUUGAAGAAACUACUAGAACCAAGACUACAGUGUUCUUUGGAUGCUCAUGAAAUUUGCUUGCAAGAUAUUCAGCUGGAUCCAGAGCGAAGUUUGUUUGACCAAGGAGUAAAGACAGAUGGAACUGUACAGCUUAGUGUACAGGUAAUUUCUUACCAAGGAAUUGAGCCAAAGUUAAACAUCCUUGAAAUUGUUAAACCUGCGGAAACAGUUGAAGUAGUUAUUGAUCCAGAUGCCCACCAUGCUGAAGCAGAAGCACAUCUUGUUGAGGAAGCUCAAGUGAUUACUCUUGAUGGCACAAAACACAUUACAACCAUCUCAGAUGAAACCUCAGAACAAGUGACAAGAUGGGCUGCCGCCCUAGAAGGUUAUAGGAAAGAGCAGGAACGCCUUGGGAUACCCUACGAUCCUAUACAGUGGUCCACAGACCAGGUCCUGCACUGGGUGGUUUGGGUAAUGAAGGAAUUCAGCAUGACUGAUAUAGACCUCACCACCCUCAAUAUUUCAGGAAGAGAGUUAUGUAGUCUCAACCAAGAAGAUUUUUUUCAGCGGGUGCCUCGGGGAGAAAUCCUUUGGAGUCAUCUGGAGCUUCUUCGAAAAUAUGUAUUGGCAAGCCAGGAACAACAGAUGAAUGAGAUAGUUACAAUUGAUCAACCUGUGCAAAUUAUCCCAGCAUCAGUACAGUCUGCUACACCAACUACCAUGAAACUUAUAAAUAGUAGUGCAAAGGCAGCUAAAGUGCAAAGAGCUCCAAGGAUUUCAGGAGAAGAUAGAAGUUCACCUGGGAACAGAACAGGAAACAAUGGCCAAAUCCAACUGUGGCAGUUUUUGUUAGAGCUACUCACUGACAAGGAUGCUCGAGACUGUAUUUCUUGGGUUGGUGAUGAAGGCGAGUUUAAGCUAAAUCAGCCAGAACUGGUUGCACAAAAAUGGGGACAACGUAAAAACAAACCUACAAUGAACUAUGAGAAACUCAGUCGUGCAUUAAGGUAUUAUUAUGAUGGGGACAUGAUUUGUAAAGUUCAAGGCAAGAGAUUUGUGUACAAGUUUGUCUGUGACUUGAAGACUCUUAUUGGAUAUAGUGCAGCAGAGUUGAACCGUUUGGUCACAGAAUGUGAACAGAAGAAACUGGCAAAGAUGCAGCUCCAUGGAAUUGCCCAGCCAGUCACAGCAGUAGCCCUUGCUACUGCGUCUUUGCAAACAGAAAAGGAUAAUUGAGCCCAGGACCUUCUGGGAGUCCGAGGUCUUUCUUAAAUAUUAGAGCAAGUACUGCUCACACCUUUAUUACUGAAUUUGAAUUUUCUUUUAUUUCUAGACUGUACAAUCUGAUGCAUGAUUUUUUUAUAAAUAUUUCAUACUCUUGUGAAUUUGGAUCUUUUUACUUUGAGCAUAUAUUUUAGAAUAUGUGUAUGUUAAAGGAUCACCACAAUGUCUUCAGCGUGAAGGUCAGGGUCAUUGUGGGAUAGUUUGUUAACAGUCAGGAAAGCUAAACUGGUCAGUAUUAAUGUCUAGCCCUACCAAAAAUAGCCAGUAGCAUCUGAGGAUGAAAAAUGAAGUAUCUUCAGGAAACAGUCUGGCUUAACUAUUUUUGAAAAUAUAUUUUUCCUCUCUGCUGCUUUAGAUGUUGCUUUACGUAGAACCAGAAAAUGGAAUUUUUCACAGCUAAAGCAUGUGUGCCUGUUUCAUCUAAUCAAGCAGAGCUAAAAUAUUCAAAAUUAUAAUAUUAAUAAAUUACUAAACUAAGAAUAUCAAGUUAUUAAUUUAUAUAUUUGCAAGCAGAGGACAGUAAGUUGACUCACAGAAGAGCAGUGCUGAAGAAGGAGAUCCAGGUUUAAAUUUGGCUUAACUUAAGCUAAUUUUAAGGAUUUUCUGUAUAGCUUAUUCAUAAUGUCAGGCCAAGAAUUUAAAUUAUUUCAAGAGAGGCAUUUAAUUCUAAUAAACCAACUACUACAAAAAUUCUGAAAUGAUCUCUGUUUUUCCCGUCAGAGAUUUAAAAAACUGAAAAAGGUAUAUACCUUAGCCAGUAAAUAAAAGUUUGGUUUGGUUUGGUAUGGCUUCUUUUUAAAAAAAAAAAAAUUAUAGUGCUGGUUUAUCGUGCAAAAGCAGCUUAUAUUUUUUUCAUUGUGAUUCUGAUGAAAUGAAGACUUUAACAUAUCAGCAGUACCUUACCUUUCAACCACAUUAGUCAAUUACUUACAAGUAGUUUUAAAAGGAAAAUGUGACCUCCAGUUGAGGAAGUCUUCUCUUUAAGGAAAAUUUCCCACUUAAUUUUUCCCUUUUGAAUAUUAUAUAUAUGUGAGUAUACAGUGAUCUGUAUACAUGUCAAAAUCACCACUUGGGGUGUGCGUGUCUAUAUAUGUAGACAUAUAUAGACACAGUCAUGUAUACACAUACAUAGGAAGGUGGUGAUAUUCAAAAGGAAACAUACUUCAAAAGAUAUAAGGCUAUUUCUAAAAUUCCUUAAAAAGUUGAUUAAUUCCUAUAUAUAUGAAACUACUUACCACAGCUAACACUAAACAGAAAUGGCUAGAAAUGUCUUUCUUGCUCACUUGCUGGCUUCCUUGCUUUUUUUCUUUUUGUGGUCUGUUUUAAGGUAUUAUGUGCAAAUCAUGAUAUGAGAUACUGGCAAAUAGCUUUUAAUGCUUUUAUAACAGAUGAUUAAUUUUCAGGUAAUACUUUAUGCACCCUCUCCCUCAUUUCCUUUAAAUUCAUUCCUCAAAAUAACAUUAUCAGAGCUCAGUGAAUGCUUCUGACUAACUAGGAGGAAAGGGCCAUGUUAAUACAUACAGCAAGGCAGUGUUACUAGCAUUAGCUGCUGCCAAUCCGGAAGAGUGGUCUGGAGGGAGCCAGAGGAGGCAGGAAGCUUAGGAAGGGGUCGGAGGCUCUGUGUUCUUCUUUCCUGGUAACCUCAGUCAGAAAGCUAAGUGCUAUGCCACCCGACGACUGUGUGUCAGGCCAGCUCAUUCAUAUCCGCACCUUAAGCCCUUCAAGACCCUGCAGUAGAUAAUCUGAAAAGAUGGAAGUUUGCAACUUCCAUUUUUACCUUUUUAUAAAUACAGACUAAAUUGACAAAUGAUUAGUAUGAUUUGGGUGUUGUAAUUGCAGGAACAUCUGAGUAGAAUAGUAAUAUGAAACAAUAUAUAGAAGCUCUAGUUUCAGAUAACAGUUACAAGUUUUGCAUCUUCUUAUGGCCUGGGAAGGUUGAUAAGCUGCUUAUAAUUUUAAAAAAUAAAGUAUACUCUUAUGAUAUAAUAUCAAGAGCUUAAAACUCUUUACUUUUAGAUUUAAACUGCUUUGGGGGAGACAUUAUGUUUUAGCCAAAGUGUCUCAAAUAUACAUAUAUAUGUGCGUAUGUAUAUCUACUUUAGGCAAGGAACACCCAUAUGUUUUAGAUCCCUAAAAUCAAACUGUUAAUUUUCUCCUGUAAGCAUUCCUUUGAUGCUUAAAAAAAAUACUUUCUCUCCUUUUUUUUUUCUUUUAUUCCUCAUUAUAAUUUAAACAGAGACAGUUCUCAUAUAUGAUCUGGUGCUGUUUCUUUUUAUUCUUCACUUCUCAUCAGCAUCUUAUUCACCAUAACAUAGGUACAGUAAUGAGACUAAUUUCCCCAGUUGAUGCAAAAACUCCCAGUACUUUCUCUCAAAGCCCAGUGUCUUUAUUGAGAUUACAACUAUCAGAAAUCCAGGUAGUCUUAAUAAAAGAUAAAUUGUGUUGUGAAAAAAAAAAUAGAAUUCAUGCAGUUCAUUCUUUGUUGUUUUUAUGAAUGAAUUUGCUAGAGGAGAAUUUAUAAUCUGUCUUCAGAAGAAGACACGAUUAAAAUUAUUUUUGUACCUUAGAAGUACAAGAAUAAUUACAUUUUCCACUUUUGUUUUAAAACGUGUGUUCCAUUUGAGGUUCUCGCUGAGCCAACUUCAAUACAUAUCUUGCUAGCCUGAAGUUUGGAAAAUUUGUGUUAGCAUCAGAUCAGAUAAGUGAGGCAGAAAAAUAUGUGGUUUGUCUUCACAUAAACCAACUCAUCACGUUGUUUUUGUAUUCAUUGUCCAAUCCUAAUUUUUAAUUAGGAAAAAAAUUGUUUGUUUUUCUCCCCUGAUUAAUGGUGAGACCUGAAGUACUACAACGUAUUUGUGGUGGGGUCUGCUAUUUUCCAUAUCCAUCGCUUUAUGCUACUGCCAUUUAAAAAGAACUUUUACUGUGUCUUUGAAGUAGCACAAAAAGGGUUUUAAAUUCGUAAUUGCAAAACAACCUUGACUAAAUGUCUUCAGAGCUAGAAGGUGUAAAAAUAUUGAUAUUUUGGUGAUAUUUCACUUGCUGCCAGAAAAAAAUACUCUCAAUCUUUUGUAAAAGGGAGGAGGAUUUUUUGCAUACAUUUUUACUCUUUAAAUAAAGACACCUAUACUGUCAUAAUAACAAUUAUGUAUUUCUUUGUGGUUUUUAUUUUUUUUUGUAAUUUUGCAUAAGACAGUUAUUUUCUAUUUUUACUCAGAUAAAUAUUUGUGCAUAAAAUGUAAAAAUAGUAAAAUGAGAAAAAUAAAACUAUUAUACAGUAUAU